CACACACACUUCCCAGUAGGAGAAGGGGGGACCAGCUUUUUUUGUUGGUUGUUGUUGAUUAAACCGCACAAAGGAGAGAGAGAAACAGUUUCACUUGGUCGUCGCAGAUAUUCGAGCAGCAGUGCCACUCACUCCCAAACCUUCCACGCAUCACCAUCUGUCUCCUUUCGUCACUUAUUGUUGGUCAACUCGUACGUGUGUAACAGUGCAACUUUUCUCAACAACACAAAAUCAUCUCAGAACAUGGGCAAGAAAGACGGAAGCGGCAUACCCAAUGCGGCGUUCGUGCUGGACGACGACGACAUCUCUGGCAAAGGCCCGGCAGCCCUUGCCGUUCAACAGAAUAAACAACCGCUCGCUAUCACGGCCGGCAGUCCCGACGUCUUCAGCUCGGCAGAAGUUUUGCAGAACGAUGAAGGCCAGCAGCGUGAUACCUGGGGCAAUCCGGUUGAAUUUCUCAUGUCGUGCAUUUCACUCUCAGUCGGCCUGGGCAACAUCUGGCGCUUCCCGUUCACAGCCUACGAAAAUGGCGGAGGAGCUUUUUUGAUUCCGUAUCUAGUCGUUCUACUUUUGAUCGGCAAACCGCUCUACUUCUUGGAGAUGAUCUUGGGCCAGUUCUCCAGCUAUGGAUCCGUCAAGGUCUGGGCUGUCGUGCCCCUUGCCAAAGGCGUGGGCUACGGUGGCGCACUUGCGACGUGGUUCGUCGUGACGUAUUACUGCUGCUUAAUGGCCCUGACCGUUUUCUAUUUCUUCUCGUCGUUUCAAUCCGUCCUGCCGUGGACGGUUUGCGAUCCGGCCUGGGCCACUUCGACCUGCUACAACAGCAGCAGCGCCGCCAGCAAUUUGACCGGAAUUGGCAAUUUAACCGGCCGGACGUCCAGCGCUGAAGAAUUUUUCAACUACAACGUGCUGCAGAAGAUCGUCAACAUCGACGAUGGCGUCGGAAUUCCGGAAUGGCGAUUGACCUUGUGUCUGCUUUUCUCCUGGAUCAUUAUCGCUCUCAUCUUGAUGAAAGGUGUGGCCUCAUCCGGCAAAGCCGCUUAUUUCACGGCCAUCUUCCCUUACGUCGUCCUCCUCACUUUGCUCGUCCGCGGAGUGACGCUGGACGGCGCAGUCGACGGAAUCCUCUUCUUCAUCACUCCCCAGUGGGAUAAAAUCCUCACUCCUCAGGUGUGGUAUGCAGCUGUGACGCAAUGCUUCUUUUCCCUCUCGGUCGGAUUUGGGCCAAUCAUUAUGAACGCCAGUUACAACGGAUUCCGCCACAGGAUCUACCGGGAUGCCACGAUCGUGAGUUUCAUGGACACUUUCACGAGUUUGCUGGCCGGCGUGACCAUCUUCUCCAUUCUGGGCAACUUGGCUCACGAGUCGGGCAAAUCGAUCGAGACGGUCGUCCAGGGUGGCACCGGAUUGGCUUUCAUUUCCUAUCCGGAAGCCAUUUCCAAGUUUGACGUUGUCCCUCAACUCUUCGCCGUCCUCUUCUUCCUCAUGCUCUUCACCCUUGGCGUGGGCAGCGCCGUCUCCCUGUGCGGAUGCAUCAUCACCGUCAUCUGCGACGCCUUCCCCAACUGGAAGCGAUGGAUGGUGACGCUCGUCAUUUGCUCCUCCGGAUUUCUAUUAGGUCUCGUCUACGUCACACCCGGCGGGCAGCACGUUCUCGACGUCGUCGACUUUUUCGGCGGUGGUUUCAUCAUCUUCGUCAUCGCCGUCGUCGAAGUCACCGCCAUCUGUUGGAUUUAUGGAUUGAAGAAUUUCUUGCGCGACACGGAAUUCAUGUUGGGCAUCCGCCUGGGCAUCUACUGGAAAUUCACUUGGGGUUUUUUCAUUCCUUUCUCUUUGAUGGGCAUCUUUAUUUACUCUCUGGCCAACUUCCGCACUUUUGUCACCGAUGGCUACGUCUAUCCAGCUUCUUUGACUGGCUCCGGUUGGGUACUCGCCGCUUUGGCUCUUAUCCAAGUGCCAAUCUGGGCCGGAAUCGCCAUCUACAAACGGAAAGGAUCUCUCUUGGAUCGGCUAAAGGCUAGUGUGACACCCACGGAGAACUGGGGACCACAGGACCCCAAAAUCCGGUCCCAAUGGAUUCUUUUCAAGCAAGAGGACUACUCUGAACACCAAUCGUGGGCCUGGUGGAUCCCGAAAUGCGUCAAGAAAAUCGUCAAGAUUGAUGGACAUUCUUUCCAAUCUGGUCGUCCCUCACCCUCUAACGCGGCCAUCGUCGAUAUGGACGGGCAGGCCAGCAUGGGCAACAACAACAAAUGAAAAAGGGGAAACCAUUUAAUCUAACCUCAUGUGAUGUCUGGCAUUGUAGUCGCCCGACAUAUUAUGGCGCCAUUCACUUUUACAAAGUGACUUUUUAAAGUUCUAAAACAACAAAAG